AUGGCCGUAGGCUUGGUAGGAGUGCUGUUGCUGGCAUCUUUCCUGCUUGUGGCUACGUUUACCAUUGGCUGGUUGCCAACACAGUACGUGAGCCGUGGUGUGGCUAGUUCGGACCAGUACAUCGCUAUCCUAUCUCGAUUUGGAGUUGGGAUGCUGCUGGGGACAUCAUUUACACUGGUGAUUCCCGAAGGUGUUGAUGCUUGCUUGCAGCACAAUGGUAAUGUCGGGAUCAACUUACUUAUUGGGUUUAUGGUGGUAUAUAUACUGGACCGUGUUGUCCAGAUGGUGAUGGGGGCCUCCACCGGGUUUGAAGUAUUGCAAAACGGGACUCCGGGGUUGGAAAGUUUCAAAGAUCUGUUGCGAAAUCCCAAACGAGUGUUUCUCGCGGUCCUGAAGAACAACGUUGUAUUUGCGCUGGUGAUACACGGUCUCUCAGACGGAAUUGCCUUGGGAACCACGGUAAAUAACGAGUCACUUUUGAUCGUGGUGCUUAUUGCCAUCAUAAUCCACAAGAUACCGGCAGUUCUGUCGUUAACGAGUAUAAUGAUAUCGAAACAGCGCCUACCGAGAUGGGAAGUCCUUUCGAACCUGUUUAUCUUUGCGUUGUCGACACCUUUGGGUUACGUUGUGGUAUCUGUGUUCAAUCUGAGACAUUCUGAAGCUAUUGAUUGGAUAGGUGGUAACUUGCUGCUCAUGAGUGGGGGUAGUCUCUUAUAUGCGUCCUUCACAGCAUUCACGGGCGGCGAUUCCCACGACCAUAUGCAAUUAGAAGAGAGCGUCGAAGGCGGUUACCUUAGAGAAGGUAGUGCUUUUGUAUUAGUCGACGCCAAUCAGCCGUCGGCUUCUGAAAAUGCUACCACUAAUGAUACUCACAAGAACAAUAAUUUAGACACAUCCGCCAAAAAUGUCACUCUAAUGACACCUCCUCCUCAAACAUCUAAAAUGGCCGCCGAAAUGUCGCCAUCGCGAGAGCUAAUAUACGUACUGCUAGGGGUCGCAGUGCCGACUUUAAUCUCAUUCACCAUCUCCGAUUGA